AUGGCUUCGCGGGCGCUGCCUAUCUCGCUGCUGGCCUUGGUGGCCGCUGUGAUGGCGGUCUGGGCGGGCUGGAAUCACCCGCCCGCUCGGCGCCCACCGCCUCCAGCCCCCGCUUGGCUGGAGGGGCUCGCGGGCGCUUGCGAGGCGGCGUCGGACGCCGCGCACCGCGUUGAGGAGGCGGUGCUUGUGGCGGCGGCUGGCACGCCGCCCCCGCCGCCACCCCCGUCGGCGGUGGAGUGCCCCGCCCCCGAGCCGCGGGGGCACGAGGAGGUGCUGGUGCAUCUCUUGGUGGCGCUCGCGAGCCCGUUCAUCAGUUGGGCGGCGGGCUCGCGGCUGCCUGGCGGAGACGCCGGGCCGACCGACGGCCGGAAACUCUACGCCUUUCGGGCGCGCCCGACGCUGGCGGAGCUGGAGGAGCACCUUUGGUACUGCAAGGGGGUUUGCGAUGGCGAGGGCGACGUCUGGGUGCUGACUGAGCCCACCCCUACCUUGGAUGUGGGGGCGAUCGUCAGCCCCGUGGCGGGGGCCCUGCUUGGCGUCGGGCGAGACGCAGUGUGGCUCCAUCGCGGCCGUGCUCCAAGCGUCACCUUGAUAGCGGAGGGCGUGGUGGCCGAGUGGAAGGAGCACCGCCUCGCCGAGCUGCGGGAGUUGCUGGCAUUCGGACCCGGCGAGCCCCCCAUGGCUGCCCUGGAGGACCAGCCUCCGGUGGCGGCGAGCUCGCGCCCCGCGGCCGAUCAUGGAGCAGGCGAGGCAGCUCCACCCGGUCCCCCCGAGGUCUCGAUGGGCGACGCGGCCGCGGAGGACACUCAGACCCUCUGGGUGGAGCGGGACGACCAGGGCGAUCGAUACAAAGAGUCCCGGAAGGCGGUGAACGAGUCGGUGAGCUACGACUGGAAUCAUCAGCGCCUGGAGGGCGGGCUGACCUGCCUGCACGCGUGCAAGAUGAUGUGCCGCACGUCAGGAACGCCCCGGGCCUGCCUCGAGAAGUUCUUGCGGGAGAAGCACAUCGCGCCGACCGACCGCGUCGCCCACGAGCUCCGGCCUCUGGUGGUGGUGCGCCGCCUGACAGCGAUCGUGGACUCCUACAAGCGAGGAGGGGCUCCAUCGUUCGCGAACGCGAAGUACCUGGCCCCUUUGGGCGACGCGGGCGAGCUGCUGGCGCCAGCGCUCCGCAGCCACGUCACACGGCGGGCCGAGGAGCACUGGGAGGUGGAGCUUAAGAAGGCCGAGGCGGUGGGCGCCCGUGCCGCCACCCCAGGGGGAGCUGGCGCGGGCGCCGGCGGCGAAGCCGGCGCAGGGGCGCGGCGGGGGCUGCUGACGGUGAAAUCGGUGAACCGCGCCCUGGCUGGCUUGAACUGGAUGGCUGGCUUCAAGGGCGAGGAGUCUUCACCCGGUCCAGGCGUGACGACACUGGACAAGCAUGCAGCCUUUCAGCGCCGCUUGCUUAGCGAAGCUCUUCGGCGACAGUCCGCAGCUCCAGCAGUGGCGCCGAAGGCGGAGGUGGCCUUGCGAGUGCUGCUCCGGGGGCAGUCCGUUUACGUGACGGACGCUGCCCCAAGGGACCUCGUCUCCUACCAGGCCGGCCGGGUCUCGCUGACCGACAGCGUGCACGGAUGCCGCUUCAUCGAGGAGAUCGUGUUGGGGCCGGAGACGGUUGAUUAUGACAGCAUGCCGCGUCGUUACAUGUGCCCGGUGCUGAAGAGGAACCCGAAGGCCUUCCGCUCGCCGGCGCGGGAGUCGGCCGAGCGAGGGCUCCUGGGAGUGACCGCGCGGCCAGCGGAGUCGGUGGGCAUCUUUUUCGUGGCUAAGUCUAGCGGGGCUCUCAGGGUGCUAGUGUAUGCCAGACGAAGCAAUGGCCACUUUCGAUCCCCGCCGGGCGUGCGACUUCUUAGUAGCGAAGGCUCCGGGCGCCUUGAGGUGGAGCUCCCGCGGGGCGCGUCGCCGGCCUCGGCUGAAGGGCGACGCCUGCUGGGCGGCUUCACGGCGUGCUUGGCGACGACCGAUGUGAAGGACUGCUUCUACAGGGUGCGGAUUCAGGAGAACCUGGGGCGUUUUUUCUGCUUGCCCGCGGUGCCCGUGCAUGUGUUCAGGGGCCUGGACGUCCCAGGGCUGGGCCAGGGGCUGGCGCCUGACUCGGAGGUGAGGCCCUACAUGGCCGUGCUGCCGAUGGGGCUCACUUGGCCCUUCUACAUGGCCCAGACUGCCAGCGAAGAGCGGGUGCGUCGCAGCCCGACCUUGCGGCUUGCGACCCUUGCGGAGCGGGGGCAGGGCCUGAUCCGCGACCGGGCUGGAGCUUCCGUGCUGCGAGCCCGGGGGCGUGGCUCAGCUGGGGCCAACGCGUGCGUGGAUAACCCCGUGUCCGACAGCCCCCGCAUCGGCGAGCAGAUUGUCUCGGAGUGGAGUGAGCUGUUCGAAUCGGUGGGGCUGGCGCUACGCAAGAUGGAGGCGCGCAGCGGGCGCGGAGAGGCUCUCGGGGCCGAGCUGGAUGGUCGCUGCCUGCGUUCAGGCACCUCGCCCAGUUGUUUUUGGGAGCUUGAGCGCGGCCUCUACGGACUGCUAGCUCGGCGCCGGUGCAGCGGGCGAGCGUUAGAACAAGUAAUCGGCCACUGCGCAUUCUGUGGGCGCGCAGCCCGUGAGAGUCUGGCGAUCUUCCAUGCGGUCUAUAGGUUCAUCUCGUCCCUGUAUGUGGCUGUCACCCCUGUUUGGGCUGAGGUAAUCUGUGAGCUUGAGUCCUUUAGAGGGAUGUUGCUCUUGUUGACCCGCGACUGGUGGCUUCCUUGGAACCCGUGCGUCCUCGAAACGGACGCCGGCGUAGCAGGCUGGGCAAUCGCCCUGAGCUUCUGGGGGCCUGCCGAGGUUGCCUGCUCGGGCAGGGAUUCCGAGAGGGCCCGUUUUCGUCGCGGGGGGUCUCGCUCGGCCCGCGUCUCCGCCCUGGCCUCCGCCCGCCUCUUCCGAGACGACGUCGGCGAAUGGGGGGGCGCCAUGCUCGAGCAGAUGGCGGCCAAGGUUCCCCCCGGGGACCGCCCCGAGCUCGAGCUUGACGACGACUGGGAGGUCGUUGCGGAUUUUCCCGAGCAUUUCGACGCCGCCCCAUAUCCGCUCGACAGUGAUGCUGCGGACCAGGGCCUCGACGGUGGCCCGUGCGAGGGCGGCCCCGCCCGCGCCGCCGCGACGGGCUUCGCUGGCAGCGGGGCGACGCCUUCGGGAGGCAGAAGGCGCCGGGCGCUGGCGCCGCCGGAGCCGCCGUUCGACAUGAAACAGGCGAAGGUCAGGAGGCUCGACCCCCUGCCUCGUCUUCCUCGCCCGGCCACCCCGGCGGAUUACGCUGCCGGGGCCCCCGCCGCCGCGAGCGCGGAGGCCGGCGCGGCAGGCGACGACUCCAGUGGGUCGGACUCGAUGGUGGGCGCGACCGCGGGGCCCGACCGCAAGUCGCGCCGCCGCCAGGCCUCCCGCCGCCGCCGGAGGGCCUCCGCGUACGCGGACAUGAUCCCAGUGGCUUCCUCUGGAGGGCCGACGUUGCUGGGGCGCCUGGCGGUGCCUGCCAAAACGCGGGGGCGCUUUGGCAAGUGCCUAGAGAGGUUUCACUUGCGCUCAGGCCUGCGCGACGAGGCCCUGGAGGCGAUGAGGCGCGCGCUGCCCCUGGCCGUCUGGUCGGCAGUGAUGCGGCAGCUCGCGGAGAAGGGGCUGGGGGUGAUGGCGAUGUUCAUUGCAGUGGGGCUGUCAGCCAACCGCUACGACGAGGGCUGCCUGCUGGACUCAGGCUACCUGCGGGGACUGGGCCCCGCCUUCCAGCAGCUCCGCGGCCCGGCGACCACCGCCCCGCACUGGCCGUUCAAGUGCCCAUCGCUGGCGGCGGAGGUCAAGUUGGCGGCCGCCGAAGUGGGUGCGGGAGAGGUGGCGCCGUGCCAGCUGCGGCACUCGGGAGCCAGCAUCGAUGUCUGCAAGAAGAUUCGGUCGCUCGAGGAGGUGCGGGGGCGCGGCUGCUGGACUCUGGCAAAGAGCAUGCGCCGAUGCGAGCGCAGCAGUCGGUUCAGCGCCGAGUACAACCGAUUCCCCGCCGACCGGAGGAAGCUGUACGAAGCCUGCGAGGCGCGCCUGCUGCAGAUCCCCCCCGGCCAGCCGCGCCCGAUCAGGGCGCCGCGCGGGAUGGCAGCGUGGCAGGCGCGCGGCCUGGCCUGA